CUACUAGUGAGUGCGCGUCCGUCGUUUUACAAUAUCUCUACGUUCCUCGUUCGGUGUGUAUUAUUAUUGUUAUUUUUUUUUCUCCAUAUCCACCCUCCUCUUGCCCGCGCGCAGUCUUUGCGUUCCCGUCGUGUUGAUCCCGUAUCCGUGCGACGUUCGUGUAUUCCGAAUUCUCGUCUCGACCGUAGCGCACUUAACACGCUGCUAACGCCGCAGUCGUCACGACGUCACAGUAACGUUUUUGUCUCCCGUGAUUACCGGAGUCAUCCGCGAGCGGUUUCAUCGCGAUUUUCUCGAUUAUCCGUUGUAUUUACCGGCCGGCCAGACAUCUUCCACAGACCGCCGUCUAACACAUUUCCAUCGCUGUGUUUUUAUUUUUCUUUGCUGCCCGUGUAUUGCACCGGGCACCCGUCGCACACAGCAGCUACCGCAAGCCACCGGUCGACAGCCGCUCAUUGUCCACUGCGUUUGUCGUCGUCCAAUUUUUAUAUUGCGUAAGUAUAUCGCCGGUAACGUAUACAUUUUUUUAACCGUUGGUAAUUACAUUAAUCGCAGGAGUUUUUUUUUACCGGUUUUUUCAACAAUUUGGUUGUCAGCUCCCCCCCCCCUUCCCUCUCACAAUACCCCCAAUGCGCCGUUUUUUCUUUUGUCCGUUACGCGGUCCCGUCCUGUGGCGGGACGAUCGCGUACGCGCGCGUGUGUGUGUGUGUAUGUGUGAAUGUGUGUUUGUGCGGUCUUUGGCGGGAGGGAGGGGGCAGGGUGACGCGCGUUCGUCGCCGCCACCAAACGGCCAAACGGUCACAGUUUUCGACUCGCCGCUGCCGUUGUCUUGUAACAAGAAUUAUUACGAUUUUCCAUUACGCCGCCGACUCGUAGGUACCUAUAUUAGUUUUCAUUUUGACGUCCGCGAACAGUGCCGCCAAAAGGUUACUUAUUGGCCAGCAGGUGGUGUCCUCUGUUUGAGAGGGCUCCCGCGUUCUAUACAGGUGGUUGAUCGGGUCGAUUAUUAAUUUUUUUUUUUCGAUCUCGCGGAAUUUCGUACUGUCCCUUUGUGACCAGACCGUGACAACAAUCUUUAGGAAAACGUUACUACUAAAGUAGGUACAUUGUUUUUAUAAUCUGAUGGUUUAUCGACUGUGUCAUCAUUAAUGAAAAUUGAUUUUCUUAUUGAAAUCAAUAAUAUUGUGCUUACAAUAUAUAGUUUUAUUUAAUUAUUCCUUAGUAAUGUUAAGUUACAUUUUGGUUCAUCGUCUUGUCCAGUUGUCUGUAUACCUAUUUCGAGUAUUCUUCUAGUAUCUGAUGUUGACAUUGUUGCAUUGUUAUAUUUUUUUAAUUUCCAAUCUAAUAAAUCUCAAGGUUUCCUACUGUUACUUUGUAAAUAUAAAGUUAGUUUAUAUAUCUAUUUUUUAAGUAAAAAGUCGAUACCUAUUCAUUUCUGAAAAUGUAUUUAGUGUAUGCCAGAAAUGAAAUACCUACCUUAUACUUACAAUUUAUUGUCUUCAAUAUCUUUUAGUAAUAAAAUAAUUAGUAACUAAUACAUCCAUAUGUUUAACACCUUAAAAACUGAUCGUUAGUAUUGGCACUGUUAUUAACCUAAUAGAUACUAAUUUUAUGGUUUAUGUAGGUAAUUUUUUGUUAUAAACAAAACGAUUAGUUUUAGAAUCUUUUAGAAUUCACAAUUCUGCUUACAGUGAAAAACACAGAUGAUUGCUAAGUUUAAUUUAUUGCUUAUAUUAGUGUACGUGUGCACAGUAUUGCUAUAAUUCAUACCUAUUGAAAACUAUAAAUGUGCAACUUUAUUUAAAGUUUAAGAUAAGUAUUAUCACAAUAAAUUAAGUUUUUUACACAUAGACUGCUGAAUAGUUUAUUUAACGGUCAUACUAGUCCGUUCCACGAGAGAAAGGUACUGCACAUGUUGAAUGAACGGUGAACUCUCGUUGCACCAUUAAAUUUCCUCUACAUAACUGCCGAGGUUUAUGACGACCAGUUAUACAACGUGUUAAAAUUAUUUACUAUUACCGAUACAUUUUAUUGUAAUUGGUCAUGCUCAAUCAAUGUUAACUAUAUAUGAUAUAAAUUAAAUUUUAAAAAAUAAAUUAUACACGUGAAACGUCCGAAUAAAAAUGACAAUAUUAACGUUCUGUAAAUCACGUAUAAGCAAACGACAAUAAUAUCAACGCAUCGCAAAGGUUUGAUGUAGUAGGGCAUGUGCAGUCGAUACUGUUCUCGUGAAACGGGCUAUAGAAACUACCUAUACUAAUUUUACUUGUUAAAUUUAAUUAAUAUUGCAAUGGGUAUAUAUUGUUCUGGUCAUGCAAACGUUGUUAGAUUUGUCACUAGUUACCCACUGAAAAAUGUUUAUUUUUUACAAUUAUAAAUUAGGUAUCAUCUGGUGAAAUUUAGUAAAAUGUUUGAAAGAAAUAGUAAAAAAGUCUCCAAUGUAGUGAUAGUAGGAAGGUAUUCAACAUUUUAAAAUAUGAUUAUUAGUCUGUGCUUUCUCGGUCUUACUAAUGCAAAAUACUAUUUUUUAGAAAAAGCUACAUUCAGCUUUCAAAAAGAAACUCUUCCGAUUUUAUUUAUGAUACCUACCUAUAAAUUAAGUCGACACUGAAAUAUAUACUAUAUCAGUGGUCUUCAACCGGUAGGUCGCGACCCAUUUUUGGGCCCCAAUAAAUUUUCUUUUUAAAAUAAAAAUUAAGUUUAUAUAAUUAUAUAAAGUAUACAAAUAAUUUUUUAAUUAUUAAACUUAGAAAAUUAAUAAAUGAAAAUACAGUUUGGAAAUGACUGUAAUAUAUUAUGUAUAAACAAUAUAUAAUUUAUAUUCAAAAAUAUAAUAGUACAAUGGAUUUCAAAUCACAGUAUAUGUUUCAUAUACUGGUAUGAUUCUACGUAGUAUAACAUAAAAUAUAAUUUACGAGUAAACCGGGCUAGUAAUAAAAUAAAUGUAUAUAUUAUUAUUGUUAAAGAGUCCCAUAAUCUACGAACAUUGUCGCUGUGUUUAAAUGAAUAAAUGUUAGUCUCGUUAUUAUUCUAGUCAUAUUUAUGUAUUCGUUAAAAAGUUUUUUUUAUUUUUAUUUAUUCGGUUAUAAUAGUACUACUACAAAGUAUUAAGUAAUUUUAGAUUUUUUUUUUCUUUAUGUAUACCUUAUGUGGGUCACGAAUAAUUUACGCCUAAAAAAAUGGGUCGUGAGUCCAAAAAGGUUGAAGAACACCGUGCUAUAUUAUGGACCUAACAAAAAAUAAGCACUAUAUAUUACCUGUGUCAUAAAAACGUGAAAAUAACAAAAAUUGUUUUUUACUAUAUAAAUACAUACCACCAAUAAAGUCAUAAAUGUAUACUAUUUGAUGGGUCAAUACACCAGGCUACUUUAAAAUAGAUUAUAACAUGAAUCGAAAAUGUUGGCAUUUUUCUUAUGAAUUGAUAUAAAUGACAGAUUUUUUCUACUAAUUAUAAUAAAUACUAAAUAAAUCAUUAUAUCAGCAGUAAAUCUUGAUAUAUAAAAUAACAUAUUUGAAGUUCCUGGUGCAUAAAACAAAUUUAAAGUUCACUUUCCUAUUUUUAUCUGUAUCCUAUAAUAAUUAGCAAGUGCUAUAAAAUCCGAGACCCUUUAAUUGUGUUAUGUUGUUCUUGAGUUAGACUAAGCCAGUAUAUGCGGGUGUAAGUAACAUCAUCUUAAUACAAGUACCCAUAUUUAAUAUGAGAUCUUAGGUAGGUAGUAUAUUUUUAAUUAAAGACUGUUAGACUAAAAUAUAUAAUCCGUGCUAACGGAAAACACAUAUGGCUCGUGCAUGUUAUAUGUAUGAUGUACGAGAAUGGGCUGAGUUUUGGGUGGUAUCUGUGUUCACUUGUUGUGCAGGGUCAUUCGCAAAUAAAUAUUUUGUAUUAAAUCAAAUAAUACUAUUUUUUAUUUUGCAUAUUUUAUGGUUUUGUAUUUUAAAUGCAUAUUUUAUUAUUUUAAGAAUAUAAAUGCAUAUUUCAGUACAUUUUCAAAUUUUUUUUAAAAAAUAAUAACAAAAUAUAAAGCAUACAGUCUGAAUAAAUUAAAAACCCUAAAGCACCACACUGUAAUGCUUCAAUUGUAAAAUUGUAAAUUAAUAUGUAUCUAAUAUUAAAAAAAUAAUAAAUGAAAAACUACUUUUAAAAAUUAAAUACUUAAGAUGAUGAAAUACAUUUUUUAUACACAAAUGCGUACCUAUUAUAGUUAAGUGCAUAAACAUCCAAACUCUAGUUAUAACAAACUACCUUGAAUAGUUUGUUAUAAAAGAUAUACAAAAAUUAACACAAUUAUAUGAAUUCAAAUUAUAAAUCAAUAAAAUUACUUAAUUAAUUGUUCUUAUUGGAGUUUUUUUUUUACAUUUGUUGACUUAUAAAAACUAGUUCUUCAUUGUAACAAUACAUUAUAGGUCCAAGUAAAAUACAUAAAUUACUUAUUCAAAAAACAAUUAGCAAAAAAUAUUUGAAUAAGUUGAGUUCGACAUUUAUUUGAACAACUUAAUAAAUAUUUACAUGUAUUAUAUUUUCUUAAUAAAUACAUUUCACAAGUGAACUUUGAGUUGGUACUUAUUUAAGUUUUUGUAGGUUGAAAGGUAUGAUAAUCAAAAAUUUGGUUUAUAAGAACAAUAUCGUUUAAUAUAAGAUAUCUACUUUUAUUUGUGUAAUUAAUAGAAGUUUUUUAAAAAAAUUUCUAGGCACUUAAAAUGGAACAAGAUAAUGGAAGAAGGAGGAGUUCACGCUUGGCUGCAAAAGGAGUGACCACGCCAUCAAGAACUGAGUCUGCAUCAAAAAAAUCUGCCAAGAGUGUAGAAAAGCCUACGCCUAAUAAAAGAGCAAAGCGCAAGAUUGCAGAAGUUGCACUUCCCGAUGCUAAGAAGACCAAAACCGCUGAAGAAAAAUCUCCUGGUGAGAUUAAUGAAAACAACGUUGAGAAAACUAAUGCCACACCAAUGGAUGUAGAAGUAAAAGAAUCUUUGUCAUCAUCUGAAGUAGAGAAAAAUGAGGACAUUGAAACUAUGCUCAUAGAGAUUAAACAACCAGAAAUUGUUGAGAACAAUUUGAUAGAUGUUGAUAUUGAGAAAAAAGAAGAGGUUGCUGAUACUAUCGCAGUAUCUGAAGAAGCAGUAUCUGAAGAAACAGUGUCUGAAAAACCAGUGUCUGAAAAAACAGUAUCUGAAACUGCUGAUGAGCCUGUUAAAAAGGACAUUACUGAACCACUAAAUAAUGAUGUAUCUCAGGAUACAGAGCCUAAGCCAGAUCCAGUGAUAGUGGUUGAAAAUAGCAAGGGUAAUGAUAAUAAAGAAGAGGAAGUCGCUGAAGAACAGUUAAACAAUGAUGUUGAUGCAGUUAAAGAUGUAAAUGGUGAUGUCAAUGAAGUUGAAUCCACUAAUGGCAAUGAAUUGGAGGCAGUCGAACAAAAUAAUGGUGAUAUUGAGACAGAUUUAAAAGCAGCUGUUACUGCAACAAUUCCUGCUGCCAACACUAUAUUAAGCAACAAUGAUGUGAGUGAGCUGGAAAAUGUUGCUGAAACUGUGAAUGUCACCCCUGAUGAUAAAGCGCCAAAUGUGGACCAGUCAACCACAGUUGUGUCCUAAUUUUAUUGCCAUUAUUCGUAAGUAUAAAAAAUAAAAAAGUAUUCUACUAAUAUUAUUUUGUGCAUAAUUAAAUAUGUAGUUUACAAUAGUUUAUUAUAGUAGGUACUUUAUUUUAAAAUUAUAAUGGGUAAUACUAAUGAAGUAAUAAACAUUGCAUUUACCUAUUUAAUUCGAUAACUGCAUUGUUUUAUGAACUAGGUUUAGAUAAUAAUAUCUUAAGUUUUGCAAAAUGUGUACUAAUUAUUAGUAUAAAUAAUAAAUUACUUAUAUUUUAUUAAUACUGUUAGUUGCUCAAAUAGUAAAUUUUAAACACGAGUUUUUUUUUUUACUGGUUAUAGGGAUUUAUUGGUCAACAGUUUCCUUUGAUCAGUAAAAAAUGUAAUAUGUUUCAUUUAUAGACAUAAAAUAAUUAACAAGAAAGACAAAUUUAUUUGAUCUUAACUAAAUAUGGGGUUCCUCUUAAUAAUUGUAAUUGGUAUAUACCUACAUUUCCUUAGUUUUUAUAUUAUAUUUGUCUUUCUUUUACACAAGUUUUUACACUAAUUUUGUAAUGUUUGUUUACAGGUUUAAUAUUAAUGAAGAACAUUUAGACUUAUAUUGACUUCUACUUGGUGUAACCAUGCUCAGUAGUUACAAUUUUUUUCUUAUACUGUUUCUUUACACUAUUUACGAUUUACAAUAUAUUUUUGAUUGAUAUUGUAGUAAAUAUUUGGAAAUUUAUGUUUAGUUUUUUUUUUUUUUUUUUUUUUGCCCAGUAAAAAUUUUUAUUUUUUUUUAUGUAGAAUUUAUACACAAUAAUAUAUGUUACACACAAAAAACUUACAAUUUAUUAAUAGUAUUAAAAUUAAAAAUUGUAUAUUUUAUAACUUAAAAAAAAAAAAAAAAAAAAAAUAUUAAUGUUGGUAUAUAUUUGUGUACUAUUUGUCAAUGUAUUUUUUGUUCAAUUUAUAAUUUUUAUUUUUAUGAGACUAAACUGUAUUUUUAUUGUCCACUUAAUGGCAUUUCCAAUAAAUCCAUAACUGCUGGCAGUUAUUUAAAUUUAUCAAAACAAAAUGGUUAGUAGUUCAUUGAAAAUAUUUGAUAAACUACUAGCAUCAAUUAUAUUGCUAAUUAUACUUUUACAAAAAGGAAUUUUUUUUUAAAAAAACAUUAAAAUGUAUCCCUGAUUUUAAUUCUAUGAGCAAUCAUUUUGUAAUUUAUCAACAAUGCAUGUAAAUAUAUGGAAUAAUAUUCUUUUAUUAUAGUAAGCAACGUUUAAACAUUUUUCUAGAGUAAUAUUUGUGUAUUGAUAAAGUCUCUUGUAGACCUAUAACUUUUUUUUUAAUUAAAUAAAUCAUGGUUUUUUUUUUUUUUUUGUACAAACUGAUGUUUAUUAAUUAAUAUAUAAUGAAUUUAUUUCUACUCUUGUUUACAAUAUUAUUUAUUCAUCAUUUUUGUUGUCUUAAAUGUUAUAUGUUUAUUACAUUAUUUUAAAAUCUAUAUUAUAUUAUUCUCGAACAAUCGGCAAUAAAAAAAAAAUACAUUAAAAGGAAUACAAAAUGAAUUUGGAUGUUCUUCUAAUUUGACUAAAUAAAAUUACUUACAUCUUGACAUCUUAGGGUUAACUUUUUAAUAAUAGUUUUUCUUAUUAUUUCUUUAAUUAUUAUCCUAUAUUUGAUAAAAAAAAAAAAAAAAAAAAGAACAAUAAUUUUCAAUUACUUACUUAAGAGAACAAACCCUUAAAUAUCUUUGUACUUUUGUAUGAACACUUUGUAUUAUGUUAGACAUAAAAAUCUAACAUAAUACAAAUAGUUAACACUAUAAGAUAUUUACCGAUGUUAUUAAUUUCAAUAAAUUAGGUUUAUCAUUUAACAAAAUGAUUGAUCUUUGUCAAAUUCAACCUUUAUCACUCUGAACAGUAAAUUUUGUCAAGAUGUAAAUAAAAUAUCAAUUCAACCAAUAUUAUCUAACAAUUUUAGUUAAAUGUAAAAUUAAACCGAAUUAAUUUUUUAUGAAGAUAUGUUCGGUUUAAAGUAUGUUUAUCAUAAUAUUGAUUUUAAAUUACAAUAAUGAACUAUGAACAUUAUAAUAUAUUUGUGAAAUCACAAUAUUCUGGCUUAUUGACAGUUUGUGAUCAUUUAAAACUUUUAUAUUGUAUUGUUAUGGUGAUCAACAGAAAUACAUAUAGGUACUACAUUUUGAAAUUGUAAUAAAUGUUUUAUGUGAAAUUUUUUCAUUUAAGUGUGUAUUUAAAAAAAAAGAAAAAAAAAAAAAAAAAAACUAUUUUUCAUUAAAUUUUACUUAUGUUUGAUAUUAUACGAUUUAAUUUGAAUAAAAAUAUCAAUUGAAUGUGUUGUUGAAUAAUUAAGUUAGACUCAUAAUGUGUUUAACGGAUUACCGCCUCUAUUUAUUAUUUAAUAUUGAACUAUUUACAGAACAAAAUUAUUUUAUAAGUAUAUAUAACUGAAUCAAAAAUUGUAAAAUAUUAUUGUUGAAAAUAUAAAACUGAUUCUAAGGGCAAAAUAUAUUUUUUUGGUAG